AUGGAAAUCGAGACGAAUAAAGAAAAUGAAUGCGAGGGAAAGGCGAUCGAAGGGUCGAUCGAGGGAAAUACCAACGGUGAAACUUGUGUCAACAGUGGUAACAAUGAGAAGAGCAACGAAAAUGGUGAAGGAGGCAAAAACGGUGAAGGAGGCAAAAACGGUGAAGGCGGCGAAAACGGUGAAGAUGGCCAAAAAAGCGGCGACAACGAGAAGGCCAACGAAAACGAAAGCAAGGCCGAAAAUGAGGAAAACAAAAGCAGCAAUCGCUGGGCGGACAUGUGCGAGGACUACGACGCUCCCUUAGUUGACACGUACAACGAUGACAACGAUAUGAAGCACAGAACGACGGAUAGCAAUUUUAACGACAUGAAUAGCAGCAUGAAGCAAAAUUAUUUCAUGUCAAGCAAAAAUGACAUGAACAACUUCUCGCCGAGUUACGAAGUAUACAUCCGGAACUUACAUCUGGAGAUAACGAAGGAAGAAGUGUACAACUUAUUCGAAGGGUACCGCAUCAGGAGGGUGAACAUUUUAAAUAAAAAGGGCAAAACGGCAGCAGCGUAUGUAGAGUUUGACAAUGCGGAGGAUAUGAACAGGUCUCUGGAAUUAAAUGGAAGGAUGAUUUACUCGGGAAAUAACACAUUCGAGCAGGGAGCAAUAUCGGUCAUAAUUAAUAAGGACAAAAUGAAAAAUUUCCACACCAAUCAGAAGCAAAAUAAGUAUAAAAAAAUUAUCGGAAGGAAUAACAACAGUUUUGCGAACUUGCGACAGGGAAAUAACAAUAUGAGUAACUUGAUGAGCAAUUACAACGCAGGAGGGAAUAACAACAUGAAUAGCGGCAACCUUAGCAGCGGCAACCUCAGUAGCGGUAACAUGAACAGUAGUAACAAUAGCCCCUUCGGAAUGAAUAAUAAUAUGUACUACAAUGACAGCAACAAAAAUUUGAAGAUGGAUAUGAAGGGCAACCCGAUGAAUAGCAGUAACAACAUGAACACAAGUUUUAAUAACUACACACACAUGAAGUUAAAUUAUAUGAACAAUAGUAACAGCACUGGUGGAGGUGCCAUGCACAUGAACCAAGGAAGCAACAAUAAUAGCCACAUGGUAAAUGACAAAAUUAAUACUAGUGCUGCCUUUGCCUUUAAAAGUAUGAACUACCCCAACAGUAGCAACAAUCAAGGGGGAAAAAAUAUCAACAUGAACAGUGAAGGCAAUGCCAAUACGUCUGCCUUACCAGAACAGAGGAAAAAGCUAGUCCUGAAGAAACGUUCCGUGCCCCUGGAUCAAAAGGCGUAUGUUAUCAACCCAAAUAUCUUUGGAGAGGCCAAACCGGUUGAUACCAACCCGGACAAAAUUCUAGGUGAUAACGUUACGAAGGAGAAAGAAUCAAAUGCUACUACGAAUAACGCUGCUGGUGAAGAGGGGGAUAAGAAAGUGGAAGGGCAGGAAGAAGACGACGCGCAGCAGAAGAGGUCCCUCGGGAUGAACAAUGAAAAUAAUGGGAACAACAUGAACGACCCGAACAGUAGCAGCGGCGGAAAUAAGAACGUGUUUAACUACAAAAAAAACAUGAACGCAGGCAGAAAUUUUAACAAUAAUAGCAACUUCCAAAGCAACAAUAACGGCAGCGGUAACAAUAACAACAGCGGUAACAAUAACAACAGCGGUAACAAUAACAACAGCGGUAACACUUCGGGGGGGAAGUACGCCAGCACCAAAAAGAUUUUUAUGAUGAAUAAGAAUAACCCCAGUAACAACCCCAACAGUGGGAUGAAGAAAAAUUUGAACAGCUUUGAUAAUAACCAGAGCGGGGGCAAGAGCAUAGGAAAUAGUGGCUUGAAUAGCCCGCGUAGCCCCAACGCAAAUAACCUUGGAACGGACUCGAACAACAUCACAGGUAACAUCAAAAGGAUGAACAUGAGCAACAAAAACUACAAAAAUGCAGACAUGAAUAAUAGUGUUGUAAACUCUAGCCCAUUCAGCAGCAAUGUAAAGAACAUGAACGGAGAUGACAACAAGAAGGGGUUGAACUUGAGAGGAAUGCAUGGUCAUCAUAGUCCCUUCGAAAAUAAAAUGUUCGGAGGGGCAAACGCAGAUGAGCAUGGGACAGCAAAUAAUGCAUUUGGGGGAGGUAACCUCUCUGGGAACGACUCGAAGGACAUGUUUGCGAAUUUUCGAAGUGGGAACUUAAAAAUGGAGAAAAAAGCUAAGGACUCACCGUUUUCCAGCGGGAAGCAGAAGGAACUAAAUAUCCUCAAGAAAGACGAUAAGCAGAAUAUCAAAAAUAUCAUUAUGAAGAAUGUGAAGCGGGAGGACGGAGGGAAUACCAACUACUUGGGGAACAACAACAGUGGCGAUGUUGGCGGGGUUAGCGGCGGGGGGAGUGGCGGAGGCUACAAACACAAGAGCGGAAACAGCCCCCUCUUUCGUAACAACGAUUCAGGGGGACUUAACUUCAGGACAAACAAAACUGGCGGAUCCACUGGUGCGUCCAAAAUGAACUCAGAAAAUGAUGGAGGCAAGGACAGCAUGAUGAAUUAUAAAAAAAUUAAUGAUGCCAAUUUUAAGAAAGGCGAAGAGCCAUUUGAGAAUUUAAACCGAGGCCCCAACAGAAAUAUCAACAGGAAUAACAGCUCCUAUGGAAAUGUCAAUGCAUCUCAAGGAGCGAGCGCAGGGGCAACUGCCAGUAACAGCCGAACUGGGGGAACCACCACCACCGGAGGAGGAGCGGGAGCAGAUAGCUACAACACAGCAGGGGGGGACAACUCCUACAGUUACAACAUUGAAAAUCUGUAUGACAGUUCGUUGAAGUAUGUGAAAAAUGCCAAUAACUCAAGUAAGGCAAAAAAGAUCACUGCUGUGAAAACGGUGAAGGUUAUCGCGACGGAGAAGAAGAACGAUGAUGAUACUGACUCAGAGGAGCUGAGAGACAAGAGUGGAAAGGACGACCCAAACAAUGACGGAGCGGGGGAUGAUCACAACGCAGGCACCGGUGGUACUGGCGGUAAUAACAACAGCAGUAGCGGUGGUCAUGGUAAAGGAUUUGAUAAAAGCGGGAGGGAAGACAAAAAUAAUGACGAUAAGAAGCUAGGGAACAAUUACGACGACUCGGCCAGAAGUAAUGAUAACUACACGUACGAAUCGGAUAGCUCCGAAAAUUGCAAAGAUAUCACCACGACGAAUUUGAAGUCCACUCUGCUACAUACCAAGACGAAAAAGAGAGUUAAAAAGAAACCAAUCGAAGAAGGCGAACAGAAUAGCGGAAAUAACCCUAAUGACGAGAAUGCACAGAAUGGCCAAGGAGGAACAACAGGAAACAGCAAGGCACAGAAAAUCGAUAUUUUGAUGAAGCCCAAUUUGAAGAAGGGGGAAAAUAUUUGGGAAGCGAGAACCCACUUGCUGGUGGAGCAGAAGGAGAACAGCCUGAAAAAUGACAAAGGGUCACACGACGGCUCCAGGAGGAGUCGCUCCCCCUCGAAUAAGGUCAGUCGUGGCAGCAGUCACCGCAGGGAUGGAAGCAAGCGAAGGGACAGUAGCAGCAGGAGGAGGGAUGACAGCAGGAGGAGGGACGACAGCAGGAGGGACGACAACAGGAGGGACAGGUACGGACGCAGGUAUGAGAGAAGAGAAGACCGCCGGGAUGACUACCGAGACGAUCGACGGGAUGAUUACCGAGACGAUCGCCGAGACGUCCGCCGAGACGACCGCCGAGAUGAUCGCCGAGACGACCGCCGAGAUGACCGACGAGAUGAUCGCCGAGACGACCGCCGAGAUGACCGACGAGACGACCGCCGAGACGACCGCCGAGAUGACCACCGAAAGGAAGACCGGAAGGAAGACCGAAAAGACAGCAUCAGCAGCAGCGGAGAAAAAAGGGAAGAUGAUAAAAAGGAGGAAGAAAAGGAGGAAGAAGACUCCUAUGACUACAGAAAGCAAAACCGGAGUUAUGACAAGUAUAGCAGUCGAGGCAACUACUAUGAAAGAAAGCGAAACGGUAAGUAUGGCGCUCCCGAUAAAAAAGGGUACGACAUUAAGAGCUACGGCUCGGACGACAAGAGGAGGCACGGCGACUCGUAUGAUAGAAGCAGCUACAAGGAUGGUUACGAUAGGGGCAGCUACAAGGACGGCUACGACAGGGGCAGCUACAAGGACGGCUACGAAAAGGGAAAUUACAAAGACGGCUACGACAGGGGUAGCUACGACCGGGGCAGCUACGACAGAGGCAGCUAUGACAGAGGCAGCUAUGAUAGAGGGAGUUACCGAAAUUCUCACGACCGCAUAAGCUACAAAGAUGGUUACGACCGAAGCAGCAACUACGUCGAGUAUGACAAAAUGGAUAACAAAUAUUAUUCAAAUAAUUACAACUCCAUGAGACAUAAAAACUACAAGCACCAGCACAAUCCCCAUGGGAAAAUGAAUAACUAUAAUUACCAAAACAACUACAAGUCAGGUCAUUAUUAUAAGUACCCAGCGAAGGGAGGACCAGGGACCUACUACAGCAAUAGCAAAACUGUUAGCAAGGCUAGUGAGAAAGAGAAAACGGAGACCAAGGCAGAUAACAUACAGGCCAUCCCAAAGAAGGCUAUCGUCACCACUGUUAAGACCAACAAUGUUUCGAUAAAGAAGAACCGUUACGAGUGUUUGGAUGAUGGUGACGAGAGCGACAAGUGA